GAAUAUCUGGAGAAGUCGUCCAGAUCGACGUUGGACAAUGCCGAAAAUUAUGUCCACGACAUGUAUCCGACGAUCCUGGAGAUGUAAGUCGGCCAGCAGUACAGAAAUGUUCACCAAAUUUCCACUGUCGAGCGAAAGCUGCUAAACUGGAGAGAGUUUCGACAUUGCAGGGUAUUCGCGUUAUCGAGACUAUAGAUGCCUGCGAAUGUUCGCCAGAGUCGUCUUGCAAACGGGAAUCUUACAUUCAUUACGUACAUUCCUCUACGCUGCAUCAAGCUGUUGUGGAUGUAGGAAUCUGCAAUGGUCAUUGCGGCAAAGAUCUGGAUUGCAAACCACUACGGAACAGUACAGUCAGCAUCAAAGGACCAAACGGUGACGAAGUUUAUCAGAUUAUAGAAAAAUGCGGUUGUGCUGGCAACUGUCACCGUAUGGAUCAUAUAGAAACAUUAUUAGAUUAUAACGAAGUGACAAUCAACGAGAGCACGAACACAACUGAUGUGAGACCCGUGAUCCGACAAAUAGACAUCGGACAAUGCGUCGGAACAUGUCCGGGCAAUGAAAUGGAAACCUGUCUUCUGCGUGACAAAACUGAACCGUCCAGAUGUCUAGCUGGUCUGUAUUUGAGUCAGCACACUUGCACACCAGCUAGAUUUAAGGUGCACGAAUACAGAACUCGACGAGGUGCGAAAAGAGAAAUCAUUCAGAUCACCCAGUGUGCCUGCGUCUAGACCGAAAUUACUGUUUUCUUGGCAGUACGAGUAUUAUACAGGACGUUUGUGUAUUGUUUUUAUUGAUGUAUUAUUAUGAUUACAAACGUUUCGAUCAUUCUUUUGUGAUCUUCAUCAGUGAACAGUUAAAUAUAAAUCUCGAAAUAAGGAGUCACAUUACUGAUCAUAUCACUGUUUGCCUCGUUAUCAUGUAAAGAUCUGUGACAACAACAUCUUCUUUUCACGGGACAGUGAUGUGACUCUUAUUUCGAAAUUUAUAUUUGACUGUCCACUGAUGAAGAUCACAAAGAAUGAUCGAAACGUUUGUAAUCAUAAUAAUACAUCAAUAAAAACAAUACACGGACAUCCUAUAUAAUACGUGUACUGCCAUUAUUCGCCUUACCAAUUUUCGACGAGUUAUAUUAAUAUUACUGUUUUCUGUUGUGAAUCAAAAAAAGCGAAAGAAAAAGAAAUAUGUGGCAAUGCGUUAAUUAUAUUUCGUGCGCAUGUUCCUAAGUAUAUUUUGCACUAAUUCAUGACUAAAUAAAUCUUUGUUUUCUUCAAGAAACAUUUCUGUUGUGUCUUUGUAAAGGAUUGCAGUGAGAACUCACACAGUGCUCCAUCCAAUAAUAAAAUGCAGUCUUUAUUUCACAUGCUUCCGUUUCUUAUUAAAAAUAACUUGUAUAACAAUGGCCCGCUCGCUUGAAUCGCGUAACCCCCGGGA